UCCUGAGGGGGCGGAUGAAGAAACAAAUUUUGCUUUUAUUCACAUUCAGAGGACUUGUAAGCAAAGGGAAAAGGGGUAAAAAGAGAAAAUGGCCAGGUUUAUAUUACGGACAGCUGAACCCAAGGAUGUGUCCGAUAUCCUGCGGCUCAUAAAGGAACUUGCUAAAUAUGAAGAGAUGGAGGAGAGGGUCAUGCUGACUGAGAAAGAUCUUCUUGAAGACGGCUUCGGGGACCAUCCAUUCUACCACUGCUUGGUUGCUGAAGUCCCCAAGGAGCAGAGCUCAGAAGGGUACACUGUAAUUGCCUUUGCUAUGUACUACUACACAUAUGAUCCAUGGAUUGGAAAGCUUUUGUACUUGGAAGACUUUUUUGUCAUGCAGGAGUUUCGUGGUCUUGGCAUUGGUUCAGAAAUCCUGAAGGUUCUGAGUGAGACGGCAGUGAAGACUCGCUGUAGCAGCAUGCACUUCAUCGUAGCAGAAAACAACACAAAGUCAAUUGAGUUCUACAAGCGACGAGGAGCUGCUGAUCUCUCCUUUGAGGAGGGCUGGCGUCUUUUUGAGAUCGGAAAAGAGGAGCUGCUGAAAAUUAAUGCUAGUUAAUUAAAUGGCCUAUACUGACAGUUAGUGGUAGUAAUCCUGUUUUGAUUAGUUAGUGAUUCGACUCAGUCUUAAUAAAUACAUUUACUAAUCAAUGGUUCCCUUUGAUAAUAAACA